AUAAGCGGUUGUCUGUUUACUUUCACUUUCCUUGUUCCUCAGAGGCUGCACUCGUCGGGGGGAGAGAUGGGGUUGGUGACGGGGAACGAACAGGGAUUAUUCCAUUUCUAAUGGCACACCGAGAAGAUCGGAGGAUUUGAUGCCUGUGGGGUGGAAGAUGUCUGACAGCCUGCAGCGUAAUGGGAACCGGCCCCACAUUGUCACUUCACUCGCUCACGCUGUGGACCCUCUACAGAGUGAUCACAGCACAGUCACCCAUCACAGCUCAGUGCGGAGAGGACGUCACCCUGAGCUGCACCUUUCCCACAUUUGGCUUGGCAGCAGAUCAACAAGUGAACGUCACCUGGAAGAAGCCAAGAGCCAAUGGAGCAGAUCUGCUCGUCCACAGCUACUCUUUGGGAACGGAGAAACAAUCUGAGGCUUACAGGGGGCGGACGCAGCUGGAUCCAGAAGGAUUCGCCAAAGCGGAUGCAUCCCUGAAACUGAGGGAUGUUCACAUUCAGGACGAGGGGUCUUAUAGCUGCUUCGUCAACACUGAGCUGGGCCCAUGGUCUGAAGAGACGUCGCUGACAGUGCUGAGGGCAAGAGAGCAAAUGUCACCCGUUGUAGUUCAGGAAGGGGAGGACGUCACCCUCAGCUGCUCCUUCGAACCUGAGCGAAACCUCCAGCUGUUGAACAUCACCUGGAAGAAGGAAACAGCGGAAGGACGGGAUCUCCUGGUUCACACGUACUAUAAUGGGAGGGACCAGAUGCUGAGACAGAAUAAGGCUUACCGGGGCCGGACCCAGCUAUAUCCAGAAAGAUUCCACGAGGGAAUUGCGUCCCUGAGACUCAGGAAGGUCCGGCUGGCAGACGACGGGAUCUACAUCUGUCACGUCAAGCCCGAAUUGGGCAGGUUUUCCAUGUGGAUGAGAGUGACCAUGGAGAAAGGCACCAGCUGUGUCUGGUUCUAUUGGGCACAUCUUCUUCUUCUUCUUUCCCCACUGGCAAUGCUUAUCAUCAUUAAAAUAUGUCGUCUUCCCAUCCGAUGGAAACUGAGGCCGUCCAAACACACCUUUGGAUUGGAGGCUGACUAUGAGGAGGGACGAGCGCAGACGGAAGCAUAUUUCUUGCGGGAAUUAAAAGUGGAUGAGAACAAACAAACUCUAGAGUCCCGGCAGAUGCCAGCCUGGAACGAAAGACACACAUGGGAGAAGCUUGAAGAGCUGAGUUUCUCCCAUGGAAAGUCUCCUGCAAGGGAAAAGGUUCCCAGAAAUAUUGCCCAGAAGCCUAGCGAAAAAGGCCAGCAGCUGAGCUCUCACGGGGAUAGCGCCGAUUCCUGGAUCUACACAUUUACUUCUGAUGCGAGUGGCUUUUCUGAAGCAGAUUCUGCAUGGCGGGAGCAUGGUGGGUCAUCACAAAACACCAUGCGAAGCGUCGCUCUCCUGGGGAAGACGGGCGCUGGGAAAUCAUCCUUUGUCAAUGCUAUUAGAGGCCUGGGCGAUGAAGAGGAAGGUGCUGCUAAAACCGGGGUAGUGGAAACAACCAUGGUACCGACGUCUUACCAGCUUCCCAAACAGCCCAAUGUUACAAUAUGGGACCUUCCGGGGUUUGGGUCGAUGACAUGUCAAUCAGACAUGGACCUCGAUUUCUUCAGUUUGAGCCAAUACGAUGUGUUCCUCAUCUUCUCCUCCCAUCACUUCACAGCCACCCAUGCCAGGCUGGCCCGGAAGAUCCAGCAAGCAGGGAAGAAGGUUUAUUUUGUGCGCUCCAAGGUCGACAGGGAGUUGCUUGCUGCCCGGAGGAAUCGGCCUUCUACCUAUAACGAAGAGCGAAUUCUGCAGCAAAUCAGAGACGCCUGCGUGAAAGACUUGCAGAGAGAAGGGCUGACCUCCCCACAGGUUUUUCUCCUGUCUAGCUUUGAAUAUGGUCGACACGACUUCCCUCUCCUAGAGGAAAUAUUACAGCAAGAAUUUGGGAGUCGUUUGGCUGGCUGAGCUCUUGUUCCCCAAAAAUCUUGCACAAGGAAAAAGCAGCCAUGCAGAGUCAGAAACCAGGGCCACCCAGGGUGGUGGGGGGGACAAGUGGGGCAAUUUGCCCCGGGCGCCGCAGGGGCCCCCAUGAGACUUUUUCGGGGCCCCUGGGACAGAGAAGUGAGAUCUGGAGCUUCUGUCUUCUCCAUCCCCUAACACAAGAGCAAGGGGGCAUUUAAUAAAAUUAAAGGUUGGGAAAUUCAAACACGAGAAAAGGAGCUCCUUUUUCACACAGCGUGUGGAACUCACCUAAGUUCCCGCUAAGCUGCGCGGCCACACAGCCACACAGCUACCUAUUAAGCCCCGCGCAGGGGCUCAGGGCUGUGGUGGGGAGAGAUGCCUCUUCCCAAGCCCCAAAGCUGUGGCGGCCUGGGAAGAGGAGCCUCUACCAGCUGGCCCCAACCCAGAGCUUCCGUGGCUGGGGGAGAGGCACCUCUGCCCGCCAGCCCGAAACUGGAGCUGCUGC